GGGGGGGGGGGGGGGGAGUAUAGUCUUCUGAAACUGGUGUGUAUAACAUACAUAUUUGUAUGAGUUUUUAAAAGAGGUGCCUCCAUAUUAUUAUAGGGUUAAAGUUAAAAGCAGGAGAUCGCCCUAAAAGAUGGUUAAUAGUAUAGGAUAAUGUGAUUUUUGUUUUAAAGCUGCAGGGGGUAGAUUUAAAUAUAUCCUGUGUUUGUGGCCCAGUAACAAGUUCCACUGUCAACCUGGCAGCAUUUCAAACGUAACGUCAUGAGCCUGGAUUGAAAACAAGGGCUGGCAAAUUGCAGGAGGAAGCUUGCAACGAGAGCAGAGAUUGUAUAGCGCACAGUUUUAUACAUUAACACAAUACAGUCAAAUGAAAUCACUGUGCACGGAAUGGAAGGUGGGAAGUGAAUGAAUAACACCUCAAUCGAUCGGGCAGGUGACACUGGAGUGAAAUCGGAAGGAGCCAGCCGGAGCUGAUUCGAAUUCAUCAGCAUAGAAGUCCAGUCUAAAAGAUGGGUGAGGAGGGACCUCCCAGCCUGGAGUACAUUCAGGCCAAGGACCUGUUCCCUCACAAGGAGCUGGUGAAGGAAGAGGAGAGCCUGCAGGUGCCGUUCCCAGUACUCCAGGGGGAGGGGGUUGAAUAUCUCGGCCGUGCCGACGAUGCCAUCAUUGCGAUAUCCAAUUACAGGAUUCACAUUAAGUUCAAAGACUCCGUUAUCAAUACCCUUCCGCGGGGGGUGGACAGUGAGAUAUCAGUGCCUCUGAGGCUGAUUGAUUAUGUGGAGUGCCGGGACAUGUUCCAGCUCCACAUCAUCUGCAAAGACUCCAAAGUGGUCAGGUGCCAUUUCUCCACCUUUAAACAAGGCCAGGAGUGGCUGAAGAGGCUGAACAGGGCCAUCGCUCACCCGGCCAGGUUGGAGGAGCUGUUUACCUUUGCCUAUCACGCCUGGUGCCUGGGAGCCUGCGUCGAUGAGGAGGAUCAGCACGUUCACCUGUGCCGUCCUGGAGAUCACGUGCGUCACAGGUUUGAGAUGGAGUUGGUGAGAAUGGGCUUUGAUUUACAGAACGCCUGGAGAGUGUCUGAUAUCAAUAGCAACUACAAGCUCUGUUCCAGUUACCCCCAAAAGCUGCUGGUUCCUGUCUGGAUCACAGACAAAGAGCUGGAGCACGUCGCCUCCUUCAGGUCAUGGAAGAGAAUUCCAGCUGUGGUGUAUAGACACCAGCGGAACGGCUCUGUGAUUGCACGCUGCAGCCAGCCGGAGAUCAGCUGGUGGGGCUGGCGGAACACCGAUGACGAGUAUUUAGUGACAUCCAUCGCCAAGGCGUGCGCGCUCGACCCUGGGGUGAAAACACGGGGCGCCGCCAACCCUCGGAGCAGGAGCGAGGGGGGCGACGCCUCCGACAGUGACUUUGAUUCCUCCCUGACAGUCUGCCCCAACCCAGAGGCCGCCGGGGCCCCUCAGAAGCUGCUGAUCCUGGACGCCCGCUCCUACGCUGCAGCCGUCGCCAACAGAGCCAAGGGGGGAGGCUGCGAGUGUGAAGAGUAUUACCCCAACUGUGAAGUGAUGUUCAUGGGAAUGGCAAACAUCCACUCUAUUCGGAACAGUUUCCAGUCUCUCCGGGCUGUGUGUGGCCAGAUCCCAGACCCCGGAAACUGGCUGUCUGCUCUGGAGAGCACUAAGUGGCUGCAGCACUUGUCUGUGAUGCUGAAGGCUGCCACGCUGGUCUCCUCGGCAGUGGAGAGGGAGGGCCGGCCCGUGCUGGUGCACUGCUCAGACGGCUGGGACCGGACCCCGCAGAUUGUAGCGCUCGCCAAGAUCCUACUGGACCCCUACUACAGGACCAUAGAGGGGUUUCAGGUCCUGGUGGAGACAGAGUGGCUGGACUUUGGCCACAAGUUUGGGGAUCGCUGUGGACACCAGGAGAACUCCGACGAUCUGAGCGAACAGUGCCCAGUGUUCCUGCAGUGGCUGGACUGCAUCCACCAGCUCCUCAAGCAGUUCCCCUGUCAGUUUGAGUUUAACGAGGCUUUUCUGGUGAAGCUGGUCCAGCACACUUACUCCUGCCUUUAUGGGACUUUCUUGUGUAACAACGCCGGCGAGAGAGAAGCACGCAACAUCUACAAGAGAGCCUGCUCCGUGUGGUCGCUACUGCGCACCGGGAACAAGAACUUCCAGAACUUCCUCUAUAUGUCCAGCUACGACACGGUGCUCCAGCCGGUCUGUCAUGUGAGGGCCCUCCAGCUGUGGACAGCAGUGUAUCUGCCCACGUCAUCCCCCUGCACUGCUGCAGAAGACAGCAUGCACAUGUACCUGUGCCCUGCCACGCAGCCUGAGGAGCUCACCUCCAGAUCUCUGGACAGGCUUCCCAAAACAAGAUCAAUGGAUAACCUCGUCUCUGCUUGUGACAGCGGGGCGCCUCUGACUCGCACCUCCAGUGACCCCAAUCUGAACCAGCACUGCCAGGAGGGGCGGCCCACGCUGGAACACAAGCCUGGGGCAGCAGGGGGCGCCAGCGAGACGUCUGAGAGCACAGCGCUGACCAACGGGGAGCACGGCGAGUCUGAAAAAGGGGACAGGGAGGGCGAGACACGGCCCCCCGACAGGAAGCAGCUCAACGACGAGAACUUCAACUCUGUCAAGGAGUACGGUCUGAAUCCACAGCCUGUAGAGAGCCCACACAACGCUCUGCAAGGACACAUAGUUUCAAACGCAGAGAACGCACAGCCAAAUCUAUCAGAGAAUUCACCUAGGAAAACACAAGAGGUACCCGAUGACGCCCAGCCGUGCCCAGCUGAGAUAAAGGAGAGCGAUUACCAGGAUUCAGAAACCCCCCAGCCCCCCUCCACAGACACACGUUUACAGGUAGCGGAAAAUGGGUUAACCCUGGAGUGUAAGGAGAGGCGCCUUUUGCUGACGGCAGUGGAACUCCUUCAGUUAAAAAACACACCCCUGGAACUGGACUGCUCAACCGAGGCGCUGACAGAACACAGUGCUGCCCCAGCAACCAAGUGCGCCAAGAGAGCGCAGCCUCUGAAAAGCAACGACCUGGUCCCGAACGCCGAGAGCAACGUGGCUGAGCUUUCGCGGUUCGGCAGAAUGCAGCCUGACUGUGCUAGGACUGCAAGGAAACUCAUUUCCCAGAGCCAGUUCAGUGAGUUUUCUUUACUGGGAUCUAACUGGGAAAGCAACAUGCAGGGCUUGGUCAAAUCGGCAUGCAACGGGGAAGCGGGUCCCCGCAGGGCGACCAGCUACCAGAACCGAAGGCUGGCCGGUAAACUCCUGCGAGCGGCGAGCAACAGAGAAAGCCUGCGGCCGGCCAGCAAGGCAACCUGGUGCUCGAUGGUCUCCGCGGGGAGGAACUCCGGGUAUUUUGCGCUGGCAGCUCCCAGCAGGCAAGUUUCUGUCAGCACCUCGUCCUCCUGCUCCCCCCCUGCCUACCUGGACGAUGAUGGGCUAGCUGUGCCGGUGGACGCGGUGCAGCAGAGGCUGCGGCAGAUCGAGGCCGGAUACAAGCAGGAGGUGGAGCUGCUGAGACGGCAGGUCAGAGAGCUGCAGAUGAGGCUGGAGAGCAGGCAGUGCUGCGCGCCUCCCACCGAGCCGGACGAGGACUACCAGGAUGACUUUACGUGUCUGCGAGAGUCUGAUGACAGCGAUGGGGAGGACUCUCUCUCGGUUCACAGUGAUGACCGGCUGUCUGAGGCCAGCUGGGAGCCUAUAGACCGGAAGGACACAGAGGUCAGCUUCCCAGAUUGCCUAUUGCAGGUAACGCGCUGGGUCCCUGAUCACAUGGCAUCUCAUUGCUUCAGCUGUGACUCGGAGUUCUGGUUAGCCAAACGCCGCCACCACUGCAGGAACUGUGGGAAUGUGUUCUGCGGGGGCUGCUGCUACCUGAAACUGCCCAUCCCUGAUCAGCAGCUGUAUGACCCCGUGCUGGUUUGCAACUCCUGCUAUGAUCACAUCCAGGUCUGUAGAGCCCGCGAGAUCAUGAGCCAGCAGCUGAAGAAGCCGAUCGCUGCAGCCUCCAGCUGAACAGAGAUUCCACUGAAUCGGGGUUGGAUCUGUUGACCCGCCACUUUACCAGAUGAGCCGAGCGCCUCCAAGCUUUGACACACACCAAGGGGUGGGUUUGGUGGUGCUGAUGAUGAUGAUUCAGGUCUGGAGCCAAAGCUGGCUAUGCAACUGAUCUAUUAUAAUCGGUGGGGAUUUUAUCCUGAGCCAACACUUUGCAGGACCCUGUGGUGACUGUCUUUAGCUGAAAGAUGGAUCCAGCGUCCAGCGAAAUACAGGGAGUGUUUCUGCGUGAAUUGUACUGGUUGGAAUAACUUCAACUUCAUUCCGGCCCUUCAUCUCAACCUAUGCACCCAGAUUAGUGCAUCUUACAACACUAGACCUUUGGAGGACAAUUUCUGUUGUCUACUGGAGAAGUGUUGCAAUCCAAGGCUUGUUCGGUAUAUCAGAGGCUUAAUAUUUAAAUGCUGCUACAGUAUGUGAACUUUUUUGUGCACUAGAAGCUGUUGUAAAAAGGGGGGGGGGGGGGGGGGGGGGGGCUAAGACCAAACCUACUUUAAUCGAAAGGGAAAGAAAUCAUUAGUGCUGUUGUGUUAUCUUGUGGGCCUGCUAGAGCCGGAAUGUAAUGUUGAAACAAACAAUAUUAAAAUUGAGAAGCAGACACGGUUUAUGGUUUUUCAGAGACCACUGUGUGUAAAUUGGUUGUACAUUGAUGAGAUUUUUUUAAAUGCAUCUCAAAUCCGUUAUCCAGCAAUGCUUUUUUUUUUUUUUUUUUUUUUUUUUUUUGUAAAGCGUCUGGCCCGAAGUAGCACCAUUUGUGACCUUUUCUGUGGGAGGCUGCAAAAUGGAAGAUAAUCACAUUGACAAGCACUAGCUGUUGAAAAACAAAAGGCUGUCAAGUUGAUAUUUCAUGUCCAGGUGUAGUGAGGCAGGGAUAGAGGAAAUACACUUCACUCGUCAUUUUGUGAUUUCCAAGUUAGAGCUAACAAUUCAAAAUCUGAAUGUCUUUGUGGGGUCCAGUUUUCAUAACAGUAGAAAGUAUUACAACAAUUGAAGUCAUCAGUGGCACAGAGCCAUCACUCUUGAACAGGGAUGCAUUACCAAAAAGUGGGACUUGUCAAGACCUUUGCAUGGAUGGCUUGUGAACCGCCUCUUUAUAAGAGUAGUGCCUCGUUGUCUGUGAUGCAUUUUUUCCUUCUCAAACUAACAUUACAUGAAGGCUACUGUAGGCCCUGAAGAAAGUACUUCUAAAGUUCUGUGGUGUUGUGUUUUUUUUUUUUUUUUUUUUUUUUUGGGGGGGGGGGGGGGUGUAUCCACAAUAAACUGUACCAUUUGAUUUGUUGUUCCCGAAGUAAUAGUGCCAUUCUGUGUUUUUGUUUACCUUUUAUCAUUUUGUUGUCAUUGGAUGAAAGCCAGGUAAUAAAUGGGAAAGUGCUUGCUGCUGAAAGGUACGACAAGGAUGAGUUGUGUUGCGUACCUCACCUGAGAAAAAAAUGCAAUUUCAAAGAAAAUAGAGCAAAGUGGGAGGAACUUGACUGGCUGUCAUCUGCCUAAUAAUGUUGGAUCCUGCUUUCAGUUGUGCUGGUGAAGGCAAAAAAAAAAGCCUGAAAUGUAAAAUAUAGAUUCUGUAGUUAUUAAAUCUGUGCAAGCGGCCGAGACCGUCGUCUAGUCUGUUAAUUGUUGUAAAGAAAUGCACUGUACAAGUUGAAUUCCAUGGGUUCAUUAAAACAAAGAUAUACAUCAGGACUUUUGGUCUCCUCUGUGGUUUUCCUUGUUGCUUGGUUAUUGUUGUCCCUGCAUGACUUCACACUAUCCUGCUUUACUCCCACAAGGGAGAACAGAGCUUUUAGAACUGGUGCAGGGCAGAUGCUGUGCCACAUUCCUGCAAGAAGAUCCCUUUCACUUUGCACAGCAGAGCUGGGAUCAAUAUAUCGCAGCAUGGUUUGCUGAAAUUACAAUUAUACCUACAAUGAUAUUUUUUGUUCAAUUACAAUUAGUUACAAUAAUGCUGCAGCAUCACAUUGCACUCAAUGUGAAACAUGAAACUGGGAAUGAUUCAGCUUGAAAAGAUGUCCCCUUAAUGAUAUGGUGCUUAUAAUUAGCAGUUCAUAUUUGAAUUCAAGUGUAAUUAAUUUGGACUGUUGGUCUCUGAUCAAGGUGUAGUUCUUCCUUUGUUUGCAAAAUGCAAUUAGAUUUGCUUUGCUUUAGCUGCUUCUAAAACCAUGCAAACAAUGUGGCUCUUACCUUGAUUCCAUGGUGUUUUUUUUGUUCCUGGAGAGAAGUUAAUGAAAUUGCAUUGAAAGGAAUGUUGUUAAAUACCUCUGGGGUACUUUGUCUUCAGUUUUAUGAGUAAGUAAACAAAAAUGCUUCUGUAACCUUAGUGAUUAUGGUUUCAACAGCCCUGUUCUAAUAAGCUGCUGUCCAUUGCCCGCUAAUGUUUUAUAUGAACUUCAUUUUUGUUCCAGUCCACGGUUCCUGUUCUGCUGACCACCAAUGAAAAGAAGUAUUUUCCACUUGCAGGUGCCAAACAUGUGUAUUGAAUAACCAGGCAGUACUGUGCCUGUAAAUCAGUGCUGGCUGAAAUGUAGCACCCAAGAGAAGUGUCUGGAGUACAUUCAGUGGCCCUGGUUUGUUUUAGAAUUGCAGUUUAUGACAUCUUCCACUAGAGGGUGCACAAGUAACAAGCAUUGCUCGUCUUACUGUUUCUGCAUGUUUUACUGCUUCAGCCUAUAAAGGAUAACCAUGAUCGCCUGUGUUGUAAUGCUGUUUUUUUUAUUGCUAUGAAACAAUUGGUAAGUUUUAGAAAUGUACUUUUCUGCAUUUAGUUCUUGCACUACCUGAUAGAGGAUGCAUAUGUGUCUGUGUGUGUUCCUUCCCCUGUCCCAAGAUCCCAUGUGACACUUUUCCUCCACAAUCAGCAGACAUUACUUUUUAUUUGGAAUAAAAUCAUAGACAUUGCACACACCACAGACAGGAACCACACAGGAUGCCUGCAAAGUGCAUCUGGCCACUCUCAUACAGUCUGUACCCAAUUGAGUGCUCACACAGAUUGAGGAUGUUCUGUUUACAUUCUAGGGCACAUGUGUGACAUGCCACAAAAAGCAAAGACCAAAAGCCUCCUUGCAGCUAUGGGGAAGCACGUGGGUAUAAUUUGGAAUGCCUGGUCCUAUGCAGAAUAUGGAGGUCUUAUAUGAGAGAUACCUGUUGGAGCUGUACACUAAAA